CGCAAAUUUUAUUCGACUCAUUUUGGUUUGUACUGUGUUUGUGAAACAUAAACCACAUACUUCAUCAGGCUAAUUUUAAUUGACACGAAAUGAGUAAAAAAGGUAAUGUAUCAUGGGUGAAGCCAGCUGAGCCAACGUUUUUGAAGAAGUUCAAGAUUGAUGUUGGUUUUAAAGACGGGCCGACAGUGGAGACUAAAAAACAGCAGAUGCCGCAAGGUGAAGAUGACAGUGGUGACAGUGAUCGGGAGGAUGAAAUGCCCCAAGUUGUGGUCCUGAAAAAGGGAGAUCUGAGUGCUGAAGAUGUAGUGAAAAUCAAAAAAGAUACGACGGAUUCCAAGACAGAUGAUCAGCCUCCCCUGGAUGGAAAGAUCGUCUUUAAGAAGCCUAUCAAACGUUCCUCUGAUAAAUUUGAAGGCAUUACUGCCAGCUCUAGCAAGAAGAAGAAACACGAGGAUGGUGAGAAGAAAGAGUCAAAUGCAGGUGUUAAAGUAAAGAACAACAGUCUACUAUCUUUUGGUGGUGGUGAUGAGGAGGAGGAAGAUGACUAGUUGUUUGGGUUCAAGCAUCUUUUUGGGUCAGAUUGUAUCUCGGACUGAUCCUUACAGUGAGCAAUGUGCUCUUUUAAAAAUGUAUUUCCUGGUUUCAGAAUAGAUGUGUUGUGUGACGGUGAUCAAAUCCAUGUAAUGUUUAUGUUUUAAGAUAUAAUUUUGUAAAACAUCCAAGCCAUUAUGAGCCUCUGCAGGAGCAUAUUUAACAGCAAAUAGUUGGAAGUUACAGUACAAUUACAGAAAUGCUAAUUUGAUGAAAUAUGCACCAUAGAGGUUGACAUGACUAUUAAAUAUUGUUUCGUAGGAAUGAAAUUAGCCUGCUGUAUGCUCAUUAAAUGUACAUAUAUGGCUUCUAUAAUGGAGCUGUGAAUUUUUCCACUUUAUUGCUGUUGUUUUAGGUUUUUGUAGCUUCAAAAUCCCAGAUUCUGGGACUUUUGGAAUUGUAUUGUAUUUACUCAUUGUCAGAUUAUGGGAAAGAAAAUAUUUGCAUUGUGU